CGAGCCCAGAGCGCACGAACGAGUCCUCUGAAGGCAGGAACGAGUCCUCUGAAGACGCGAACGAGUCCCCUGAAGGCAGACGGUGCAGACUCGAGUCCUCUGGAGGCAGACUCGAGUCCUCUGGAGGCAGACAGACACGGCAGCGCGUUCUCUCCGCCCGCGGCUCAUAGACGGAUCAUUCUUCAGUUGUUUUAUUGUAGAGCUGUGCUGGUUCUGCUCUGGUUCUGUCCUGGUUCUGCUCUGGUUCUGGUCUGGUUCUGGUCUGGUUCUGGUUCUGUUCCUGCGCGCGGCUCUACCACACGCCUCUGGAUAUGUCGCCCUGGGAGAAUCAUGAUUUUAGCAUGAACUGAAACGAAAACUAUUCCCCAAAAUCCACGACGAAGGAAAAGGAGGAGACAAACUAUGAUCUAGGAUGAUUUCUGCCAAGAAAAGUCCAGAGAAGUGUCGUUAUCCGGUCCACUCUCUGGUGUGGCACAACAAGCAUCUGCAGCUGGAGAAGGAGCUGAGCAACGGACAGACAGACCUGGAGGUGGUGGACCCUCGGGGCAGGACUCCUCUUCAUUUGGCCGUGACUCUGGGACAUCUGGAGUGUGCCCACGUCCUGCUGCAGCACGGGGCAGACGUCUACAAGGAGAACCGCAACGGGUGGACAGUGCUGCAGGAGGCGGUGAGCACGCGGGACCCCGAUCUGGUGCGUCUGGUGCUGCGUUACCGUGACUACCAGAGGACUGCCAAGAGACUGGCUGGAAUCCCCAUCCUCCUGGAGCGGCUCAGACAGGCGCAGGACUUCUACGUGGAGAUGAAAUGGGAGUUCACCAGCUGGGUGCCCCUGGUCUCCAGGAUUUGCCCCAGUGACACGUACAGAGUGUGGAAGAGCGGUCAGAGUCUGCGUGUGGACACCACUCUGACCGGCUUUGAGCAGAUGACCUGGCAACGAGGAAACCGCAGCUUCAUCUUCAGAGGUCAAGACUCCAGUGCAGAGGUGAUGGAGGUGGACCACGACAGACAGCUGGUGUUUUGUGAGACUCUGUGCUUGUCGUCCUUGGGCUCUCUCCCUGUGAGACAAGGCAGUAACGGCGCCUGCUGUGGGACAGGGGGCGCUCUGGGGCUCCUCGCGGCUCCUCUGCCCAGCGACGAGCAGGUGGCGGCCAGACUGUCUGCUCCCGUCGUCACCACUCAACUGGACACACGCAACAUCGCCUUUGAGAGGAAUAAGUCGGGAAUUCUGGGCUGGAGGAGCGAGAAGACCGAGAUGGUGAACGGCUACGAAGCCAAGGUUUACGCUGCGUCCAACGUGGAGCUGGUCACCAGAACCAGGACGGACCAUCUAACGGACCAAAACAAAAACAAAACUAAAGGAGGGAGGACUCCACUGCAGAACUUCCUGGGCAUCGCUGAGCAGCACAUGGGCCCAAACAACCCCGCCUUGGUGACCCACAUGUCGUGUCCUGCCGUCACAAACCCGUCAGCGCUGACGGCGGAGGAGUAUUUCAACCCGACACAAACACAGAAGGACAUCGGACACCCGUGUCAGCUCACCACCAAGACACAAAGGUUUAAAGCGAAGUUGUGGCUGUGUGAGUCUCAUCCUUUGUCUCUGGCGGAGCAGGUGGUUCCCAUCAUCGACCUCAUGGCCAUCUCUAACGCUCUGUUCGCCAAACUACGAGACUUCAUCACCCUGCGCCUGCCGCCCGGAUUCCCCGUCAAGAUCGAGAUCCCCUUGUACCACAUCCUCAACGCUCGCAUCACCUUCAGUAACUUGAACGGCUGGACGGAGGCCGUGAGAGGAGACCCCGAGGACAGGCCUGUGGAGGGGACGCUCCAACGAGGAGACCCCAGCUCAGAGACACCGUCCCCGGGGAGUGACUCAUCCAGCGUGUCCAGCUCCAGCUCCACAACGUCGUGCCGCGCCGCAGAGAUCCCCGUGUGUGUGUUCGAGCCUCCGGCCGGUUACACUCUGCUGGGGUCACGACACAGAGAACCUCUGAGGGAGGAGGACGAGGACCUGCUGCAGUUUGCCAUCCAGCAGAGUCUCAUCGAGGCGGGGUCAGAGUACGACCAGGUGACCAUCUGGGAGGCUCUGACCAACAGCAAACCAGGGACCCACCCACUGUCAUGUGACCCCAGCCGCCUGGACAGGACGCCCCAACACAAACCCCGCCCUGCCUCCAGCCUCUGCUCCACCCCGUCCAAAAAACAACCAAACUCCUGCUGCUACGACGAGCAGCUCCGCAUCGCCAUGGAGAUCUCAGCCCGGGAACAGGAAGAGGCGGAGCUACGGCGGCGUCAGGAAGAGGAGGAGCUGCAGAGGAUCAUACGCCUGUCGCUCAUGGAGAAGUGAUUGUCUAUUGGCUCACAGGGCUGCGAGGG